CGGACAUGUUGUUUCCUUUUGCGUUAAUAGGUCAGUCACCGGAACGUCUCUUCAGGCCCCUAGUGACAGGAAAGGGGAAACGUGAGAGAAAGCGUUGUCCAGCGGCUGGCCUGAGCCCCACGGUGGCCCUGCCAGCGAUCCGGCGCUGGGCUGUGAGAGUGGAACCCGAUCCCCGCAGCUGUCGCUCUCUCUCCUUGGUCCUCAGGACCCAUGGCGGUGGCCGCGCUGAUGGACGCCGCGCAGGGACAGGUGAACUUUGAGGAUGUGUUCGUGUGCUUCUCCCAGGAGGAGUGGGAACUCCUUGAUGAAGCUCAGAGGUUCCUGUACCGGGAUGUGAUGCUGGAGAACUUUGCUCUUACAGCCUCACUGGGUUGUUGGCAUGGAGUGGAGGACGAGGAGAUACCUUGUGAGCAGAGCAUUUCUAUAAAAGGAGUGUCCCAGAGGACUCCUAGGGGAAGUCCUUCUACCCAGAAGGCUCAUUCCUGUGAGAUGUGUGGCCUGGUGUUGAAAGACAUUUUAUACUUGGCUGAGCACCAGGAAGCACACACUAGGCAGAUGCCGUACAUGGGUAUAGUAUAUGGGAAACAGUUGCAGUUCACUGCAAACCUUCACCAGUACCAGAAGCAGCGUGGUGAAGAGAAAUCCUUUAAGAGGUCAGAAGGUAGGACUUUCCUUCAGAACAGCUGUCCUGUCCAGCCCUCACCGAUGCCUUUUAUAACAGGGGAGCGCUUUAAGGAUUCACCAAGCAGCUCGAGCAUUUUCCAGCACCGGACCCCUCACAGUGAGUGGGGCGUACAUGGCAGUAGCACAAGGGAAGAUGCCUUUUACAGUGCCCUAAGGCAGUACAAGUGCAACGAAUGUGGGAAAGCCUUCAGCCGCAAAGACUCACUUGUUCAGCACCAGAGAGUCCAUACUGGAGAAAGACCUUAUAAAUGUGGUGAAUGUGGGAAAACCUUCAGCCGCAAACCUAUACUUGCUCAGCAUCAGAGGAUCCACACCGGUGAAAUGCCUUAUGAGUGUGGCAUUUGUGGAAAGGUUUUUAAUCAUAGUUCUAACCUUAUUGUACAUCAGAGAGUCCACACUGGAGCAAGGCCAUAUAAAUGCAGUGAGUGUGGGAAAGCCUACAGCCACAAAUCUACCCUUGUUCAGCAUGAGAGUGUACACACUGGAGAAAAGCCUUAUGAGUGCAGUGAAUGUGGGAAAUACUUUGGUCACAAAUACAGGCUCAUUAAACAUUGGAGUGUUCACACUGGAGCAAGACCUUACGAGUGCAUUGCAUGUGGGAAGUUCUUCAGCCAAAGUUCUGAUCUUAUUGCACACCACAGGGUUCACAAUGGUGAAAAGCCAUAUGUGUGCAGCGAAUGUGGAAAAGCCUUUAGCCACAAGCAUGUACUUGUUCAGCACCAUAGGAUUCACACUGGAGAAAGACCAUACAAGUGCAGUGAAUGUGGGAAAGCCUUCAGGCAAAGGGCCUCCCUCGUCCGGCACUGGAAAGUUCACACUGGAGAAAGGCCUUAGGUUGACAGGAACUACUCCAUCUCUUUGUCCACCAUAAUGACUGACAGCAGAGUAAAAUUCGGUAGCCUUGUGCACUGACUUAUCAGCCAGGAGUGGAGCCUCAGCCGGGAAUGGAGCCUCAUCCAUCUGAACACCCACACUGAGAAGAUCUUGAGUGCCAGCUACAUGGGAAGCUUCCUGGGGCCAUGUUGCAUUUUCUGACCUACUAAGACCCUUGAGAAAAUUCUGCCACAGCCAUUUCCUCUGACAGAAGUCAUCUUCUUUGCACUAACAGAGUCCUGCCUUGUGCACAUCAGUGUAAUUUAAAAGGCAUGCUUCAGUGCUCCUCUCUUCCUUGAAGGAAAUCAUUAGAAGCCUAAAUCCAUCAAGGACUUUCCUUCUUUCCUGCCCCACCCAAAUUGGUUUAAGCAUAGGUGUGACCCAGUCUUGGGCAAGAGGAUUCUGUGAGCUGUCUGCCCAUUUCCCUUUCGGGACAUUGCUGGUCUCAUGUAGCACUCAUGGGAUGUCUAGCCCCCAAGGCAACUAAUUCAAAACUACCUGCCUUGUCUUGUUCUGGUAUUGUGACAGAUGCCUUAAUUUUUACACUCUCUGUAACCAUGAGGUUCUUUUCACUUUGUGAGUGGGGUUGGAGACAGAAUUGGUCUCCACAAGCAUGCAGGGAUAAACAACUUUGUGAGAGCCAUAGCUGUAUAUAUCUCGUAGGUGAUAGAAUGGCAAAGAACAGCUCUCAUCCAGUGUCAGCCCAGUGUGCAUCGCUGCAUAAGUGCUACUAAGAAAGAAUGCUGAUUUGUCAUGUGCCCAAUCUUGUAGUCUAUAACAAAAUUAUUUGUAUGGUCAAGGUCACCCUGGUCAGUGGGCAUUUGUUGGGACAAUCUCUAAUGUGUCUGGGGACAAAUUGAAUUGAAUUCCUUGCUUUCAGUGUAUUUCAUAUUUUCCAGCUCAUUUGAGAACUUGACCUUUGGGCCCUGAAGUCUGUCAUUUGGUAGGCAAAUAUCCCUGGACCAGGUCAAAAUUAUAAUUAGUACAGGGACACUGAUAGGGAAUUGGAGACUACAGCAGACUACAGGGAAUGUGAUCCUUCUAAAAGUGGGUCCAUAGUAGCUAGGCAUGGUCAGACACCCCUGUAGUCCAGCUACUCAGGAGGCUAAGGCAGAAAGAUCCCUUGAGCCCAGGAGUUCACAACAGCCCGGGCAACAUAGCUAGACCUUGCUUCAAUAAGUAAAAGUUAUUAACAUGUGUUCCAUCCCUAUGGCUUUUUUUUUUUUUUUUUUUUGAGGUUUU